ACUGCAGACCUCAACAGACAACAUUUGCCUUUGGAAAUGUGUGCCACAGUGCUAUGCUGCUGCAGGGAAGGGUUUGGUCUUUUUGUGAUAAGAUUUUCAUUUUCUUUUGACCGACACAUUUAAUGACAUUUUAACACCUAGCAGUACCUCAAAAACUUGCUUAGAAAAGUAAUGGCUGAUAACAACUCACUGGUUGGUGGUGAGUUCUUGCUACGGCAGAUCAAUGACCGGGUCAUUGCUGUGCAGGUCCUGGUGAUGAUUUUUCUUUGCAUCAACAUUUUUCUUAUCAUAACCUUUUUUAAAAAGGAGUGCUUCUACACAACUGCACGCUACAUCUUAUUUGCUAUUACACUACUCUCUGAUAGCUUGAUAUUAAUCAUGUCUGAUGUUCUGUUCAUCUUGAGUUAUUUUCAGUUUACAAUGCAAGUUUGGUUAUGUAUAAUUAUCUCUGUUGUGGUACUUCUGUAUAAUACUGUCACACCAGUUACUCUGACUGCAAUGACCUUGGAGCGCUACGUGGCCAUUUGCAUGCCCCUGCACCAUGGACAGCUGUGCUCCACACGCAGCACUCUGCAAUGCAUCCUCAUCAUUCACGGCCUCAGCUCUGUACCCUGCAUUGUUGUUCUCUCCACCUUCUUUGCAUCAGCCCCUCUUAGCUUGUACAGCCAAUACAGGGGAUGCUCUGUGGAGAUGUUUAUUUUGUACAGGUGGCAGGAUCAUAUUCGGUCAGCUGUUUAUCAGUUUUACUUCUUGAUUAUGUGUAUCAUCAUUGUAUUCUCCUAUGUUAAAAUAAUGACAGUGGCAAAAUUUGCAUCAGGAGAGAAUAAAAAGUCAACAUGGAAAGGGCUCAGAACAGUAAUUCUUCACGCUUUCCAGCUGCUGCUCUGUCUCGCCCGUCUGUGGUGUCCAUUCAUAGAAACUGCUGUACAUCAGAUUAAUUUAAAAUUAUUUAAUGAUGUCAGGUACUUUAACUACAUAUUGUUUAGCGUUGCUCCAAGAUGUCUGAGUCCUCUCAUUUAUGGCCUGAGGGAUGAACAUUUUUUUCAUGCACUGAAAAACUAUGCCUUCUUUGACUUGUAUAAAAGAAAUAUUCGACAAGGUAGAUUAAUCAUUUUCCAAUAGAAAAGUUGCACAAUGCUUUAAUAAAAAAAAAAUCUGCUGAGCAUGUCUGCAAUUCACUUUUACAUAAGCAUGUUUUAAGAAUGUUUUAUUUCAAACUAGUUUAUUGUUAGAAACAUGACUGAUUGAAUUGCUAUUUAAGCAACAAUGCAAGCUCAACACUGUUUUUGUGGUCUUGCGUCAUUGUUCAUUUGGGCUGACUACAUUUUUGAGUUUUUUUCUGCCCUUUAUGUUAAGUUAUAUGUAAUAUUGAUUAUAGACCGUUUUAGUAUUCAAAUCUAGCAACAAAUAUGACAUAUGUUAAAAGAGGGACUUAUUUAACAAUAAAUAACUCUCAUGACUCA